AUGGAGAGCAAGCCAGCCGUCAACGGCCACACUGACCCCGUCCCUCACCAGGAGGACCUGCCAGGAGCAAACCACCUCUGCCAGGAGGGGCGGCCUUGCAAAGAGAAGAAAGCAGCUGGUGGGGAGGUGACGGUGAUGGAUGCUUCUCGUGAGCCCUUGGAGGCCAAUGGCAGCAUCGCCGGAGUCUAUGUUGAGGCUUCAAAGAAGGUCAUGAGCUUUUAUGAUGCCACCAGAGAGCACCUCCUGAGUCUGGAUUCAGCCCUCUGCCUUCUGGAGGCCCAGGCUGCCAUGGGCUCCCUCACGGACCCGGUGAGGAGCAGGCACGUCUCUGUGGCAGAAGCCGUGCAGCUGGGGCUGGUGGGGCUGGAGCUGAAGGAGAGGCUGCUCACUGCAGAGAAAGCUGCUACCGGCUUUGUGGACCCCUACACAGAAGAGAAGAUCUGCCUCUACCAGGCCAUCCAGAAGGACCUGGUCGGGAGGGAACAAGGCACCCGGCUGCUGGAGGCCCAGAUGGCAACCGGCGGCAUCGUGGACCCAGCCACGGGCUGCCGGCUCCCAGCAGACCUUGCCUGUGAGAAGGGAUACUUGGAUGAGGAGAUGAGGCAGCUCCUCUCUGACCCCAGCAAUGAGGACAGCAAAGGGUUUCUCAACCCCAGUACUAUGGAGAAGGUCACUUACGCCGAGCUCAUGAAGAGGUGUGUGGUUGAUCCGGCCUCAGGCUUCCUCCUCCUGCCCCUGCAAAUCACGUUCCCAGGGCUGGGAGGGAGGGUGAGCAGCAGGGAUCUGCUGGACUCUGGCAUCAUCAGCCCCGACACGUUCAGAGCUCUGGAGGAGGGCAGGGUUUCUGCCCAGGAGGUAGCAGAGGAUGACUCCGUUCAGCGGUUCCUGCGUGGGAUGAGGAGCGUGGCUGGUGUUGUCCUGCCUUCCAGCGAGAGGAGGAGCCUCUACCAGGCGCUGAGGGAGCAUCUUCUCGUGCCUGGUGCUGCUCUGAUGCUCCUGCAAGUUCAGGCCUCCACCGGCAGCCUGACAGACCCCAUAAAGAACAAGAGCUACUCUGUUGAUGAGGCCAUCAGGGUGGGUCUCAUUGGCCCAGAGCUUCAUGAGAAACUGUCUUCAGCUGAGAGGACCAUCACUGGAUACAGGGACCCUUGCACUGGAGAAAUGCUCUCUCUGUUCCAAGCCAUCAGGAAGGGCUUCAUCCCCAAGGACCAUGGCAUUUGCCUUCUGGAGGCUCAGGUGGCCACAGGGGGUGUGAUUGCCCCGGGCAGGCACCUCCGUGUCCCCACAGAGACAGCUUGCAAGUGGGGGUACCUGGACGAGGCCACAAGACAGCUCCUCUCCAGCCCCACUGAUGACAUGAAGGGGUUCUUUGACCCCAGUUCCAAGGAGAAGCUGACCUACGCAGAGCUGCUCAAGCGCUGUGUCACCGACCCCAGCACGGGGCUCCUCCUGCUGUCGCUGGGUGGAGACAGCAGAGAAGGGUCCGAGGGAACCCACCUCUUCUUUGAUCACAGGACUCAAACAGCCCUGGAGAACACUUGGGUCCCCGUUGCUUUGGGCAAAUUCAAGGGAAAGCCAGAGUCUGUCUGGAAACUCCUCUUCUCAGACCUCAUCCAGAGUGAGCAGAGAGCCGCCCUGGCUCAGCAGUAUCUGGCAGGAACGCUCUCUGCACAAGAACUGGGCAAGGCCGUCAGUGCCACCAUUGAGGAGAUGGCUUCCACCGCUAACGUCACCUUUGAAGGGCUGAGGGACCGGGUGACAGCUGACCAGCUCCUCAGCUCUGAAAUCAUCAACAAAGAUUUGUUUAAGAAACUGAAGGAGGGAGAAACAUCAGCCAAAGAAGUUGUGGGCAUGGACACCGUCAAGAAGUACCUGCAAGGGACAGGUAGCAUUGGUGGGCUGCUGCUUCCUGACUCCCAGGAGAAGAUCAGCAUCUACCAGGCAAAGCGGAAAGGGCUUUUGAGGCCAGGAACGUCACUGAUCCUCCUGGAGGCACAGGCUGCCACUGGGUUCAUCAUUGACCCCACUGCCAAUAAAAGGUAUUCUGUGGAUGAAGCUCUAAGAGCCAAUGUCAUUGGCCCCGAUGUUUACGACAAGCUACUGGCUGCAGAGAAAUCAGUCACUGGCUACAGAGACCCUUACACGGGUGACAAGAUCUCCCUCUUCCAGGCCAUGAAGAAGGAGCUCAUCGUCGAGGAGCACGGCAUCCGCCUGCUCGAGGCCCAGAUCGCCACCGGCGUCAUCAUCGACCCCGUGCACAGCCACCGCAUCCCUGUGGAGGUGGCCUACAAGCGCGGCUACUUUGACAAGAAGAUGAACUUAAUCCUUUCUGAUCCCACCGAUGACACCAAGGGCUUCUUCGACCCCAACACCCAUGAGAACCUCACCUACCUGCAGCUGAAGGAGAAGUGCAUCACGGAGACGUCCACCGGGCUCUGCCUCCUGCCCCUGAACAGCAGGAAGCGCCAGUUCGUCGACGAUGCCACCAGACGGGUGUUCAGGAGCUCCUGGCUGCCCGUCAGGUUUGGGCGGCUCCGAGGGCAGAAGGUCUCGGUGUGGGACCUGCUGCACUCCGAGUACUUCAGUGAGGGGAGGCGCCGGGAGAUAUUCAACCACUACCAGCUGAGGAAGCUCAGCCUGGAGCACAUUCGGGUCAUGCUGGAGGAGGAGAUGAAGAAAUGGGCUCCCAUCAAGUUCCCGGCCAUGAGAGGCAGUGUCAGCGCUUACCACCUGAUGGAAACCGGGGUCAUCGACAAGGCCCUGUUUGAGAAGGUGCUGGAGGGAUCCGUCAUGCCGGAGGAAGUCCUGCGCAUGGACUCCGUCAGGAAAUACCUCUACGGCUCUGGCAGCAUCGGGGGGAUCGUCCUCCAGCCAUCAAACCAGAGGAUAAGCAUUUAUGAGGCCAUGAAGCAAAACAUAGUGGUACCAGGAGUAGCCCUCCCGCUGCUAGAGGCCCAGGCUGCCACUGGCUUCAUCAUUGACCCAGUGAAUAACCAGAAACUCUGUGUGGAUGACGCCGUCAGGGAGGGCAUCAUUGGGCCAGAAGUCCACGAGAAGCUGCAGCAUGCAGAAGGGGCUGUCACAGGCUAUAAGGACCCUUUCACAGGCAAGAAGAUCCCCCUCUUCCAGGCGAUGAAGAAGGGACUGAUCACAGACAAGCAGGCCAUGCAGUUGAUGGAGGUGCAGAUGGCUACAGGAGGCAUCAUCGACCCGACAUGUGGCCACCACAUCCCCGUAGAAUCUGCACAGAAGCGAGGGUGCCUGGAUGAGGGUACAAGCAAGGCCCUUUCUACGCCCAGUGACAACACCAGAGCCUUCUGCGUCCCGGACAGCAAAGAGACGGUGACCUACGCUGAGCUCAUCAAACGCUGCCAGAAGGACGAGGCCUCCGGCUUCCACCUGCUGCCUCUGGCACAAACAGCUGCUCCUGCCUACACCGACCAACAGAUCCAACAGAUUUUCAAGGAAACGAUGGUGAAGGAGAGAGGGGUCUCCCUCUGGGAGCUCAUCCACUCUGGGUACUUCACCGAGGAGCAGAGGAGUGACUUCAUGGAGAAGUUCCGCUCUGAGGAAGCGUCGCUGCAGCAGCUGGUCGCUCUUGUGCUCAGGCUGGUUGGGGAGAUGGAAAUGAAAGCCGGCUCCCAGAUCACCCUGGAAGGCCUGCGGGGCGGCGUUCCCGCCGUCUGGCUGCUGGACACUGGAAUCAUCACUCAAAAGACCUUUGAAGAACUGGCCCAGGGCAUAAGGACUCCUGAGGAAGUGGCUGCGAUGGAGAGUGUGAAAAGGUACUUGCAGGGCACAGGCAGCAUUGCCGGGGUGUUCAUAGAGGCAUCCAAAAAGAAGAUGAGCUUUUACGAUGCCAUGAAAAACAACCUCCUCCUCCCUGGGGCUGCUCUGAGGCUGCUGGAAGCUCAGGUGGCUACAGGACAUCUAAUGGACCCAACCACAAACCAGAGGCUCAGCGUGAGGGACGCCGUGAAAGCGGCUGUUGUUGGUGAGGAGCUCACUGAGAAACUCCUUCUAGCUGAGAGGGCGGUGACUGGCUACACGGACCCCUACACAGGGAGCUCCAUCUCGCUGUGCCAGGCACUCAGGAAAGAGCUGAUUCCCCUGGGAGAUGCUAUUCCCUUGCUGGAGGCCCAGCUGGCCACAGGAGGGAUCAUUUUCCCCGUUCACCACCAUCACCUUCCAGUCCAGGCUGCCUGCAAAUACGGCUUCUACGACGAGGACCUCAGCCAAACCCUCUCUCAGCUGAACGACAGCACCAAAGUCUUUCUGGAUCCAAACACGAAGGAGAACGUGACCUACCAGCAGCUGAAGGACAGGUGCAUCCAUGAGGCUGAGUCAGGCCUCUGGCUCCUUCCUCUGUCAGAAGAUGCCAUGUUCUGUGUGGAUGAACAAACCAUGGAGGUGCUGAAAUCUGUGACCGUAUGCGUCAACAUAGGGAGGUUCAAAGGACAGACGGUGUCAGUCUGGGACCUUCUCAACUCUGAAUACCUCUCAGACAGCAAGAGAAGAGAGAUAGUGCAAAAAUACAAAGGUGAGAAUACUGAAGUGCUGCAAGAAAUCGUAACAAUUGUCACCACAAUCAUCAGAGAGACUGAGGCACAAGGCAAGAAGUUUGCGUUCAAGGGCCUGCGGAAAAGAGUGUCCGCCAGUGACCUCUUCCAGUCCCAGCUGAUAGACAAGAAAACCCUCGACGAGCUCAACCAGGGUAAGAAAACAGUCCAAGAAGUCACUGAAAUGGACUCAGUCCGCAGGUACCUGGAAGGCAGCAAUUUCAUAGCAGGGGUCCUCAUACAGCCAAGCUAUGAGAAGAUGAGCAUCUACCAGGCCAUGAGGAAGGGCAUCCUGAGGCCAGGGACAGCUCUGGUGCUGCUGGAGGCACAGGCAGCCACCGGCUACAUCAUCGACCCGGUGAAAAACCAGAAGUUUUCGGUGGAGGAAGCGUUAACUGCAGGUCUAAUCGGAAGGGAGAUUUUUGAGAAGCUGCUCUGUGCUGAGAAGGCCGUGACGGGCUACACCGAUCCCUACACCAAAGCCCCGAUGUCCCUCUUUGAGGCUAUGAACCAGGGGCUGAUUGUGAAGAGCCACGGCAUCCGCCUGCUCGAGGCCCAGAUCGCCACCGGCGGCAUCAUCGCCCCCGUGCCCAGCCACCGCAUCCCUGUGGGGGUGUCCUACCAGCGUGGCUACUUCAACCAGGAGAUGAACCAGAGCCUCUCCGACCCCUCUGACGACACCAAGGGCUUCUUCGACCCCAACACCCACGAGAACCUCACCUACAUGCAGCUUCUGGAGAGGUGCGUCCAAGAUUCAGAGACAGGGUUGUACAUGCUACAGGUUGUACAGGAAGGAGGACGGUACUUCUACAUCGAUGAGUCUACCAAACAGGUUUUGCGCUCAAAGCCCCUGAAAGUGAAAAUUGGGAAGUUUAAGGACCAAACAGUUUCCAUCUGGGAAGUUCUCUGCUCUCAUUACUUCUCUGAGCAGAAAAGGAAAGAACUAGUGAUGCAGUACAAGUGCAAAACCCUAACACUGGAGGACCUUAUAGCCCUCAUCUACAAGAUCAUUGAGGACACGGAACAAAGAGCAGAAGCCCUCAAGGUGAAAGGACUCCGGGAGGAUGUGUCGAUAUCAGAAUUGUUUAACUCUGAGAUCAUCGACAAGAAAACUCUGGACCAGCUGCAGGAUGGAAGCCUCACGCUCGCCAGCCUCACGAAGAGAGACACUGUCCAGAGGUACUUGGAUGGCACUGGAUGCAUUGCUGGGGUUCUGCUCCCAAAAAGGAAAGAGAAGAUGAGCAUAUACCAGGCCCUGAAGAAGGGCCUCCUCACAGAGCAAUGUGCGGAGGGGCUGCUGGAGGCACAGGCUGCCACUGGGUUCCUCAUUGACCCACUGGAAAAUCAGAGGCUCUCUGUGGAAGAGGCCAUCUCCUCAGGGCUGGUGGGCAGCGAGCUGCGUGAGAAGCUCCUGACGGCAGAGAAAGCUGUGACGGGAUACACGGAUCCUCACACAGGAAAGAAAAUCUCCCUCUUCCAGGCCAUAAGGCAGAAGAUAAUGGUCAAGGAGCACGGCAUCCGCCUGCUCGAGGCCCAGUUCGCCACCGGCGGCAUCAUCGACCCCGUGCACAGCCACCGCCUGCCCGUGGAGGUGGCCUACCGGCGCGGCUGCCUGGAUGAUGACACGUUCCUCCUGCUUUCCGACCCAGACCAUGGCAGCAAAGGUUUUACAGAUCCAAACACGCAUGAGAAGAUCAGUUACAGUCAGCUCCUGCAGAGAUGCUCCAAAGACAGAGAUACUGGCUUGUAUCUGCUGCAGGUGAUGGAAAAAGAAGAUGACUACUUCUACAUCGAUGAGCAAACAAAAAAAGCCCUGUUAUCUACAAAGGUACAAGUGCCUGUUGGAAAAUACAAAGGACAAGUGUUGUCCCUGUGGGAACUUCUCUGCUCAGAGUACAUCACAGAAGAGAAAAGAAAAGAACUGGUGAAAAAAUAUAAGGAGGAAUCCAAUCAUAUUAUACAGGGAAUCAUACAGACAAUACUAAAGAUCAUUGAGGAAAAAGAAGAGGACAGAACUGACAUCUGGUUCCAGGGAAUCAGACAACAAAUAACAGCAUCAGAACUUCUCAGUGCACAGAUAAUCACAGAAGAAACAAUGGAAAAACUCCAUGAAGGAAAAGAGACGGCACAAGACAUAGCACAAAUGGAUAGUGUGAGGAGGUACCUGGAGGGAACUGGAAGCAUUGCCGGUGUGAUGGUGCCCUCCAAGACUGACCCCCAGAAGAUGGAGAAGAUGAGCAUCUACCAAGCUAUGUGGAAGGGCAUCCUGCGGCAGG